UUCCACGAGGACCUUUAGUUUUUUAAGCCGUCUAAGGCAAAGAUCGUGUGGCUGUGCCCCUCUGGUCUCCAGCAGAUCGCGUUUCUGUUUCUGAUGUGUGAUUGGAAAGAUAUACGCUCUCGUUGAUCGUUGUAAACAAAGAACGUGUACUCGUGCUGACUGACGGGAGUAACAUGCCGGAAAGAGGAUGCAAAAGAAGGGAAAGCAUCAAAGAAAACAAAAACCAACCAGUUCCAGCAAGUACAGAUGAACCAGUUGUGAACCGGAUGGAAAAGACUUUUACCACUAUGAAGCAGCCCAGAAGACGCCAGAGCAUUGACAGUGGGGACAAAAGCUUCACAUGUGAUCAGUGUGGAAAGACUUUCACCCGGCAUAGUUGUUUAAAACAACAUCAGCUCAUCCACACUGGAUUUAAACCAUUCAGCUGUGAUCGGUGUGGAAAGGCUUUUACUCAGAAUUCCAACUUAAAAAGACAUCAGCUCAUCCACACUGGAUUUAAACCAUUCAGCUGUAAUCAGUGUGGAAAGAGUUUCACCAAGAGUGAUGGCUUAAAAAAACACAACCUCAUUCACACUGGAUUUAAACCAUUCAGCUGUGAUCAGUGUGGAAAAGCUUUUACUCAGAAUGCCAACUUAAAAAAACAUCAGCUCAUUCACGCUGGAUUUAAACCGUUCAGGUGUGAUCAGUGGGGAAAGUCUUUCACUUCCAAAAGUAACUUAAAAGGACAUCAGGUCAUCCACACUGGAUUUAAACCAUUCACCUGUGAUCAGUGUGGAAAGUCUUUCACGUCCAAAGGUAACUUAAAAGGACAUCAGGUCAUCCACACUGGAUUUAAACCAUUCAGCUGUGAUCAAUGUGGCAGGACUUUCACUCAGAGUGGCAGCUUAAAAAAACAUCAGGUCAUCCACACUGGAUUUAAACCAUUCAGCUGUGAUCAGUGUGGAAAGUCUUUCACUUCUAAAGGUAACUUAAAAGGACAUCAGGUCAUCCACACUGGAUUUAAACCAUUCAGCUGUGAUCAGUGUGGAAAGUCUUUCACUUCUAAAGGUAACUUAAAAGGACAUCAGCUCAUCCACACUGGAUUUAAACCAUUCAGCUGUGGUCAGUGUGGAAAGACCUUUACUCAGGACUGCAGCUUACAAAAACAUCAGCUUAUCCACACUGGAUUUAAACCAUUCAGCUGUGAUCAGUGUGGAAAGACCUUUACUCAGAAUUGCAGCUUACAAAAACAUCAGCUUAUCCACACUGGAUUUAAACCAUUCAGCUGUGGUCAGUGUGGAAAGACCUUUACUCAGGAUUGCAGCUUACAAAAACAUCAGCUUAUCCACACUGGAUUUAAACCAUUCAGCUGUGAUCAGUGUGGAAAGGCUUUUACUCAGAAUGGUCACUUACAAAAACAUCAGGUCAUCCACACUGGAUUUAAACCAUACAGUUGUGAUCAGUGUGGAAAGACCUUUACUCAGGAUGGCAGCUUACAAAAACAUCAGCUUAUCCACACUGGAUUUAAACCAUUCAGCUGUGAUCAGUGUGGAAAGACUUUUGCACUCAAGAAUAGGUUAAUAAAUCAUCAACUGAUCCCCCCAAUCAACCAUCCAUCUUCUUUCGCUUUAUCCGGGGCUGGAUCGCGGGGCUGGAUCGCGGGGAACACCAAGGCGUUCCCAGGCCAGCCGAGAGAUAUAAUCUCCCCAGUGUGUCCUGGAUCUGCCUCGGAGCCUCCUCCCAGUGGGAUAGGCCCAGAACACCUCACUCAGGAGGCAUCCUGGUCAGAUGCCUGAAUCACCUCAACUGGCUCCUUUUGAUGUGGAGGAGCAGCGGCUCUGCGACUCUGAGCCCCUCCCGAAUGGCUGAAGGAGUAACAGAUGGGUUGAAGGUGGGGAUGGGAUUACAUCAAUUCUGAGCCCUUCUUGUUUUCAGUAGCGACGGACAGACUGACAUACAAAGUCAGUUAAGAGUCUCUGUUGAAUAUGUUGUUUGCAGAUGAUAUUGUAAUCUAUAGUAGGAAUAGGAAUCAGUAGUAAGAGAACCUGGAGAGGUGGAGGUGUGCUCUGGAGAGAAGAGGAAUGAAGGGAAGGGAAAUAACAUGCCUAUCUUAAGCUGGCAGCCAGCAUGUAGAAAGACUUUGUCUUAAUUGUUGAUAUUAGUUU